CAGCUCCUCGCUGUCGGGCUCCUCUGUUGCCGCCUCUGCCUCUUUUGGGGACCCCUGGAAAGGGGGAAGAGCCCCCCCUUCCCCUCCACACCGGCCCCAGGUAGCCAGCUCCCCCCCUCCUCCUCCCCAUCCAUGUGGACCCACCAGCUGUUGCCACUCGGACUCUUCCUCCACUCCGUCCUGGCCGUCCCGCCGGCAGAAAACAAAGGGAAAAGAAACCCACUCCAUGACUACCGGAAAACCACUGAUACCUCAUUAAUAAGGAUAGACAAGGCACUGAAAGUGAAAACGAAGCUGCUAAAUACGACAGAACAGUGUGCCAAGAGAUGCAGCCGAAGUAAAGGACUUUUAUUCAUCUGCAGGGCUUUCGCAUUUGACAAAACAGCCAAACGUUGCCAUUGGUUAUCUUUUACUAGCCUAGAAAAUGGAGCCAGGAAGAAACAUGACACUGCGUUCCUUCUCUAUGAAAAGAAAGACUACGUUCGAAAUUGCAUCAUUGGGAAAGGAGCGACGUACAAGGGAAACGUAUCGGUCACAAGAAGCGGGAUCGAAUGCCAAGCCUGGAAUUCGACCAUCCCUCACGAACACAGCUUUUUACCUUCGAGCUAUCGAGGUAAAGAUCUUCAGAGAAACUACUGCCGGAAUCCACGAGGAGAGGAAGGGGGCCCUUGGUGUUUUACCAGCGAUCCCAAAACACGCCACGAAGCCUGCAAGAUCCCUCUCUGCUCGGAAGUUGAGUGCAUGACAUGCAAUGGAGAAGGCUACAGAGGUCCAAUGGAUCAUACCGAAACAGGCAAAGAAUGUCAACGUUGGGACCUUCAGAGACCACAUAGACAUCCUUUUCGUCCAGAGAAAUACCCCGACAAAGGCUUUGAUGAUAACUAUUGCCGAAAUCCGGAUGGUAAACCGAGGCCAUGGUGUUACACCCUUGACCCAAACACCCCCUGGGAGUUUUGCUCAAUUAAAACAUGCGCUCAGAAUGUGGUGCGUAGCUCCUCGGCGGUUAUUGAAACAACCGAGUGCAUACAAGGACAAGGUGAAGGCUACAGAGGUACCGUGAACACUAUCUGGAGUGGGAUUGAAUGCCAACGCUGGGACUCUCAGGUGCCUCACCAACAUAACUUCACGCGGGAGAACUUUAAGUGCAAGGAUCUGAGAGAGAACUAUUGCCGAAACCCAGAUGGAGCCGAGGUACCCUGGUGUUUUACGACCAAUCCGAAUAUUCGGAUCGGAGAUUGUUCCCAAAUUCCAAAAUGUAACGCGUCCACUGAAAAAGAUUGUUUUCGAGGAAAUGGGACAAAUUAUAUGGGCAAUUUAGCCCAGACACGGUUUGGCUUGACCUGUUCCAUGUGGGAUAAAAACAUCCAAGAUUUAAGAAGGCACCUCCCCAUAUAUAAAGACCUAGAUAUAAGCAAGGUGAAGAAAAAUUAUUGCCGCAAUCCGGAUGACGAUGCUCACGGCCCUUGGUGCUACACCAGCAAUCCUAAAAUGCCUUGGGACUACUGUCGUAUAUCUAGAUGCGACAAUGAUCCAGUUUCUAUGAUGAGCAGUUUAGACAUUCCCAUCAUCCCUUGUGCUUCGACAAAGCAUCUCAGAGUUGUUAAUGGAAUCCCUACACAACCUGAUAAAGGUUGGAUGGUCAGCUUGAAAGACAGCAGAGGCAGACAUUUCUGUGGUGGUUCACUGGUGAAAGAAGAUUGGGUCCUGACAGCCAAACAGUGUUUCCUGUCUCGGCAUAAUCUCAAAGACUAUCAGGCGUGGCUUGGAAUCCAUAAUGUGGAAAGAGCUCACGAAGAAAAGCAUAAGCAAGUCCUGAAUAUUUCCCAGUUGGUCUACGGGCCUGAAGGAUCUGAUAUAGUUUUAUUGAAACUUUCCAGACCUGCGGUAAGCAAUAAUGCUGUAGCUAUUAUCCGUCUGCCCAUUUCUGGUUGCACCAUUCCAGAUGGGACCACGUGCAGCGUUUAUGGAUGGGGACACACAGGAACAAGAAAUUUUGACGGGCAACUUCAGGAAGCGAAUAUGAUCAUUAUGGGGAACGAACGCUGCAGUCAAGAUUUUGGAGGAAACGUAGUCUUGAAGGAAUCAGAAAUGUGUGCGCGAGCUGAGAGCAUCGGCAGUGGAACUUGUGAGCGGGAUUACGGUGGCCCAUUGGUCUGUGAACAGAAUAGAAUCAAGAUAGUAAUGGGAGUGAUUAUUCCCGGACGAGGAUGCGCAGUUCCCAAACGGCCUGGGAUUUUCGUCAAGGUGGCUUACUACUCCAAAUGGAUACACAAGAUCUUAAUGACAUACAGGUCAUAGCCGAAGAACCCUACCAAGUGGGGGGGGAGGGGGAGCCAGUUCUAGGGAUACUGGAGGAAAGUGGGACAUUGCAUUGCGAUAGAGAAAAUGUGGACUUUUCUGGGGGGAAAAAUUGUCGUCCAUCAAAGAUUAACUUGAUAGUAGUCAAGUUUGACAGAUGUUUGUGGCUCUUCGUGUCCCGUUCUGCUCCUGGCUACGUUGCGUGUGGGGUAAGGAAAAAUGCAGUGACUUAUUUCCUGAAUAUACUUGAAUGGGAAAGCAAAUCUGCUAACUUGGUGGCUGGAGAAAUGCAAAUUCUUUAUACAUAGCCCGGUUUUUUUCUUCUUCUUCUAGGCUGCUGGUUAGGAGAGCUUUGUUAAUAGGCAUAAACACCCCUCUGAAAUUUGCAGUAUAUUCUACACCCAGCUCUGAAUUCAUCUUUAAGACGCCAUGAAAACACAUGCAUAAGUCAGAGACAAUGUCAUCCCUUAUAUUGUUUCAUUGUGUUUUCAUUCCUUUAUCAAUGGCUUUCUGGACGUACGACCUCAUUGAGCAAUUCAUUCACGAAGUCCAUUCCAUUGUGAUAGUGAAAACUAUCCCAAUCAAGAGAAUGUCAGUAUUUUUUUCUGGAAGAGUCCAUAAAUGGAUACCAACAUGGGUUGGGUGACGAUCCAAUAAUGAGUUCUACUAGCUCUCUAUGUCCAAGGUCAUUUUCACUCUGGAGGCCAUCUCCUUCUUCGCUGAUUGCAAUGACACAUAGAGAUGAAGAAUCACUGUUAGGAAGUAAGGUGGAAAAUGACAAACAUCUAGUGAGGCUUGUGAGAUCUAGUGAGGUCUCCAAAGAAAUCUAAAGGAUUUGUUUGGAGGCCAAUCACAAUGUUUCCUUUAAGCCAAAUCUUGGUCUUAUUGUUUCGGACCUACAAAUUUCACUCCACCCCAUUUCUUUUUAAAUCCAGCUCCUGCUUCUUCUCCUCUAGAACUUAAACUUUCUAAACACAUUUGCUUUCUAAAUGGUUCCACCACUUUCUCUAGCCAUUUUUGGCUGUAAGAUGUUAUUAGUUUGUUCACUCCUUCGUUCCUACACUCCUUCCUAUUUUAAUAGUCUUCCACACGAAGUUCUAAAUUUGAGUAUAGACCUAGGCUAACCUUUUUGCCAUCAUGUGCCAAAAGCAGGGGGUGCAUGGGGGGGGGGUUGCGUGCAUGUAUACCCACACCCAUAAUUCUAUGCGCCCCUCCCCCCCACGUGCACCCCCACAUACUCCCCCCUCCCCGUUUUUGGCACAUGAUGGCCUGGCAGGCCCAUUUUUUGCCCUCCCCAGGCUCCAGAGUCUCUCUAGGACCCUGGGGAGGGCUAAAACAGUCUUCCCCACCCCCGGAGGCCCUCUGGAGGCCAGAAACAGCCCAUUUGCCAACUUCCGGUGGGCCCAGAAGGCCCAAAAAUCAGCUGGCCAGCACACGCAUGUGUGCCAGAGCUGAGCUCACAUGCCCACCAAUAUGGCUCCACGUGCCACAUGUCACGUGUUCACCAUCACGGACUUGGAUUUGGGUUUGGAGAAAAAGCCAGCUUUCUAGUUUUCUAAACAGCGAUCAUCCUGUGACAUAAUAUUGGGCAUAGAAAUUCAAAAUAUCUCAUAGAAAUGGAGACUGCAUCAAUAGCCCUGAUCGGCUGUUCCCUUUAAAAUUCCAGCAGAUCGUGAAUGCUUGUCCUAAGCUAAAAAAAAAAAAAAAAAACUUAAUUCAUAUUCAUGUUCCUAACAAAAGCCAUCAAGGAACAGAUGAUUUUAAUCUACUAAAAAAUAAAAUACCGUGAUCUUUUUUUUAAAAUGAGAAUUUAGAAAAUCAGUUCCUCCCGGUUUGAUGUUCUUUGAUUUGAGUUUAAGGGUCCAGAUUAAGGCAAGGAUCCUAAUACAAUUUAUUCUUUAUUUAGAAUUAGCAUUCCUUCAACCUCCAAGAUUCUGAUCUUUGAUUCUGAUUUUAUAAAUGUGAGAGUACAUUUUAUCGGUAAAUCCACAGUCAAUCCUUUCCAAAAAGAUGUAAUCGUAUGCUACACGAACCUUUGCACUUUCCACCUUUAGUUUUUCAAGAUUUAAACGUUUCGGUUUUUUUUUGAGAUUUAAAGGUGAGGAUUCUCAUCUAAUGAACUGUCAGAAUAUUGGCUUGUGUGUGUGUGUGUGUUUUUUAAAGCAAUUUAAAAAAAAACAUCCAUGUUAUGGUUUGAAAGAGUCAUGAUGUGUUUUCUUCAGCGUGUUUACUUCCGUUUGCAAUCACUGUCCUGAUUUCAGAUUUUACUGAUUUCACUGUUUUCAGAUUUUAGAAGCACACAAAUGUUUAUUGUGUAGAAACAAACUCCUGUACUCUCAGUUGUAUAUUGAGAGUCAUCGCUAACCUUCUUGUGCAACUCUCUGUAUAAUACAUGGAUUUUGCAACAUGUCGUUCUUGCAUUCACAUUUUAAAUAACGUUUUAAGUAUGCACGUCUAAAUGUAAUGUGUGAAGCGUUUCAUCAUUUUCCGUUCAGUUCCUAUUACGCUUAACUUCCUAGUUAAAUGGAUGCUCUAUUAUAUUAGCUUCUUAAUCUCAGAACAGGAAGAACAAAUAUCAACCAAUGAGCUCUAUCAGGCUUCUGUGUAUUUCUGAUGGCCUUUUGUUCAAAGGACUUGCAAUUAAUGAUGUGGUGGCAUAUUCAGAAUUUUAUGAGAAUUAAAAUACCUCCAAUGCAAAAUGAGGUAUGGAUUAAUGAAAGUCAUAUUUCCAAAUCCUUAGUUGUAAAUUUAACGUUUUCCAGCUCUGAACCAGAAUAUAAUCCGAUACAAGAUACAAAAUCUAAAUUUUGCUUUGGUCAGGUGUUUUUUUAAAGCUUGGAUUAAAUGACUGUCGCUUUUCCACACUGUAAAAUAUUUUGCAAAUGUUUUCCCUCUCAGCUUCCCUGUUCCUUCUUCAAAUUGUAUAUAUUUGUAUGAUGUACAUGAAAAGAAUAUUCAUGACACUAUAAAUGUAAUUCGUUUUGCUUUUUUUUUAUUUUCCCCCCAAGGUUUAUGUAUUCUCCGUAAUAUGUGCAGGCAUUUUGUAUUAUGUAUGCAGGCCUUUCUGCUCAGUGUAAUAAAAAAAAAAUAUUCUGAAAUAUUAUAAGCUUCUGCGGGGCAGAAGACAAUAUGAAUUUAUAUAUAAAAUAUGUAUAGGGGUAUUAUUAUAUAUUGUGUAAGACUUCUUGGGACAUUUGCGAUGAGUUGAGUCUCUUUACAAUGAAUUUAUAGAUCUGAUUACUUGUAAAAUUUCUGCUGGAAUUCAUUGAUGAUCUAAUAUACUGUCAUGUGGAGAAAUGUAA